AUGAGGCACCGCGACCUCGGCCCAGAGGAGGAGAAGGAACGGGGGUGUUUCUUAGUCAGUAAUAGUCUGGCUCCCUCCCGCUGGGUCCAAAUUCCGGGUCCGUGCCGGCCAAGUCAUUUGACGAUUUCGCCCUCACGAAAAAAGCGUGUUUCGCGUAUUUGGCCUGUGUACUGUACAAUGACGAUUAUAAUUGAAGAAUCGGAGGAAAUACCAUGUUCACAAUGCGACAGGCUGCGACAGACGUUUAUGCUGAUCGCGCUGUCGGCUGUCAUGCCGAUGGUGGUGUUCGCUGCUAUCCUCCUCUUCACGGUCACAGAGGAGGUGAACAUCCAAGUCCAGUUCACAACAGGACUAAUAGUGGAGUUCGUGUUCGGGCUUCUCUACGUACAACUAUUCGUAGCUACGUCAAUUUUGAUCAUCAGUUUUAUGAAGAGGAAGCAGCCAUUACCUUUGAUGUACCACUAUUACUACUUUUUCUUCCAUAUAGCCGUUGUGGGCCUGUUCCUCGGAUCCACCUUCGUGAUGACCUUGGUGAACACUGCGUACAUUAUUUCUGGAUUAGUGUUUUUCGGUGGUUCUUUAUAUUUUUACAAUUUAUAUAAUUUUAUGGAGAAUAACAAGGAUAUUUGGCCCACCUUAAGAAGAGCUUAUUAA